AUGAAGAUAAUCAAGAACACGGCACCCGCGGCUCAGGUGAAGGCCGUGCGACCAGACGAAGUGGACAUCGAUCUGAAUGUGGUUGGCACCGAGGGCUUUGACGUCAUGUUCGCCCAACUCGAGCGGGCAUCUCGUUCCUUUGGGAUCGGCACCAUCUCAGUUACGGCCACCACCUUGGAAGAGCUGUUCGUCAGGAUCAACCUCAGCGAGCUGUCUGAACAUGAGCGGGGCGCAUGGUUGAACAAAGACGACGACGUCACCACGGCCAGCUCGUUGGUCUACGUUCGACCCGAGUUUACGCGUACGCUGGCGGCGCUGCUGUCCAAGCGUGCCAUGUGCCUGUCGCGAAGCUGGACCACGCUGGCGCUUAUGUGGGCCGCGCCCUUCGCCGUCUUCUGGGUGCUGCUGCUCUUCGAGAAGUCUGCAUUGCACGGAGUCACACCGUUGUUCACCGACCGCGUCCUGGUGCCCUUGACGCUGGCCGGUGCGGAACUCGACGAAAUCGACUCCCCCGAGGCGUUCGUGCAGUUCGGUCGCGACCAGGUCAUACCGGCGGCCGCCUAUCGCGCUCUCGUCGAGCAGCAGGGCGCCACGGUCACCACCUUCCUCGAUGCGCAGGAGCGGCUGCUGUUUCUGGCGAGCCAGGAUUUCGUCGCCUACUCGCAGCAGCUGCUCGUCGGGGCUGUGUUCGACGACAACGGCACUGUGGAGGCCUGGUUCAACCAGUACCUGCGAGGCGGCAAGGCCAUCGCCAUGAGCAUGGUGCACACGGCCCUGCUGCGCAACUUGACCGAAAGCAGCAAGGAAGUGACGCCGGGAUUGGUGCCCGCCGCGCUGAUCUCCUCGUCAGACUCCGUGGUCCAAGGCACCUUGGGCAGCCUGGAGCUCGUGGUGUCGGCGCUGUCCUCGGCCAGCGCGAUCACGACGGCCGCGCGUGCCCUGUUCCUGCCGCUGGCCGCGGGUCUCCUGGUGGCCGCGUUCGCGCUGUUCCCGACGGCCGAGCGCGUGAGCCGUGCCAAGGACAUCCAGAUGAUGACCGGCAUGUCCGGACGCACCUUCUGGAUCGCCAACUACAUUUUCGACCUGCAGACGUACCUCAUCGUGUGGGCGCUCAUGGGAGUCCUCCACGCCUUCUACUACGCGGUCACCACUGAGACGUCGAGCACAGCGCUCAUGUCCAACGGGCUGAUCCGGUUCGCGGAUCGGCGACACCGGGGCGAGGACCUCGUCAAGCACGGCGUCUACGAGUACGUGCUGGCGCUGGUGCCGGCGUUCGCCUUCCCGCGCGCCCUGACCAAGGCGCUGGAGUUGGACGCAGAGAACCAGGACUGCCUGAACCGGCGCAACACGCUGCUCGCUGGCAGCAGCCUGCUGCGGCACGUGUGUAGCCGCGACCCCAGCUACCGCUUCCUGGGAACCGGCAUCUACCACUGCUGCCACAUGGAGCUGGCCAACAACACGGACUGGGAGCCGCUGAGCCCGUUCGGGUUGCACAGCAGUGGCAUCCUGCCCGAGCUGCUCAUCAUGCUGGUGGAGGGCGUGAUGCUGUUCGUGCUGCUCGACCGGUUGGACUCCGGCCGCUUCCUCUGGUCGCCGCGACCUCCUGCUCCCGCAGGACAGGGCGCCGAGGCCACCGCUGCCGACGAAGAGGUGCGAGAAGAGCGGAAGCUGGCGGACGCGGUGGUCGCCAACGGAAAGUUCACAAGCGUCGUCAUGGCCGCCAGGGGCCUCGAGAAGAAGUACGGCACGACCGAAGCGGUGCGCAGCGUGUCACUUGCUCUGCGCACCACCGAGUGUCUCGGCCUGCUGGGUCUGAAUGGCGCUGGAAAGACGACCACGUUGGAGAUGCUGGCUGCUCUGCUGCGGCCCACCAGCGGAGACGCAUACAUUAGCGGCCUCUGCAUGUCACAAAAUCCCAGGAAGUGGCAGUCAGGCGUGGGCUACUGCCUCCAGUCGGGCGGCCUGCUCGAGCAGCUGACGGGCUCCGAGUUCCUGCGGCUGAUGGCCAACUUGCGCGGCAUACCCCUGGCCACCGUCGAACUUAUCGUGAGCAGCCUGCUACGCGUCGUUGGCAUUGACGAGGACGUAGCUAGGCUGCCGUGUGGAUCGUACAGAGACCUGGCAAAUAUUCCCAACCUCUCGCACUCCCUGUAUGCAGAUGAUAUUACCUUGUGGACCACUACAGGCAGCAUAGGCGACAUGGAGGCGACCUUACAAGCAGGGGCCGAUGUGGUGGUGGAGCGGGCUAUGGCAAUAGGUCUCGCAUGCUCCCCGACCAAGUCGGAACUUCUUGUUCUUCACCCCCCCAAGAGUCGCACAGACCCAACUCCAAACCCCAGCAUCCGUAUCCACAUGAAGACGUAUUCCAUUCCAGAGGUCACACAGCUACGAGUGCUUGGCAUGGUCAUGCAGAACAACGGCAGACAUACGGCGACCUUGAACAAACUCACCACCACACCGCAGAUGAUGGCAAGCAUCCUCUGCAGAUGCUAG